AUCACUGCUGCAGAGUCCGUCUGGAAGAGGGGUGGGAAAGAAUAGCAGGUCAAAGAGUGUGUUUGGGGGGGUACCUCAGCAUCCAGCUCUAAAUCCUCCAUCUUUUGGGGGGGGAAUAAUCCGUCCACAUGGAGGACCUCAAAACGUUUGCUGCUGAGGCACUGGAAGAUUUUGCCCAGUUUAUGCCUGGCACCCACCAGCCUCCUUUGGGGGGCUCCAGGUUCUCCAUCGGCAACUGCCUGCCUCCGAACUCCAUGCUGGGAUGCUACCCAGGGGCAUUCCCAGGCCCAGCAGAGCUGCCUGCCUACCCCCAGGAGAACUUCAGGAACGGGGUGGCCCACGCAGAGUGGUACGCCUCUGGCACCGCGGACGGACCCUACCCUUCAUUCCCCAGGUAUGUGGGGACAUCGGGAUUCAGCGUAGCCGGAGCCGACUGCCUGGGCUACAUUGGCGAGGUGAUCAAGCCUCCCUCGUUCUUCACCGGGAACCCGUCCAAAAGGAAGCGCCGGGUGCUGUUCACCCGGGCCCAGGUUCACGAGCUGGAGAAGAGGUUCGAGCUGCAGAGGUACCUGACAGCCCCGGAACGUGAGCACUUAGCCACCAUCACCCGCCUCACCCCCAACCAGGUGAAGAUCUGGUUCCAGAACCACCGGUACAAGAUGAAGAAGCAAGGCAAGCAACAGGACCCCAAGGCUGACCCGGGGCAGGAAGCACACCGAACCUGCGACAACGGUGUGGUUCCACCACACCCAGGGGGUUACGGUUUUGCCGGGUCUCUGAUGGAGGAGAAGUCCUUGUUAGGGUCUCCUUAUCCCUUCCCCGGACUCGCACCCAGCACCCAGAGCUUAUCCGCCAGCCCCAGUUCCAGUGCCGACUCUCAGCCCGGCACAAAGGCUGCCGAAAGCAGGCUUGCAUUCGGCAAGCCCUGGUAGCUGAUGGAAGGGGAGCGAGAUU